CAGUUCAGUGUUCGAAUUGCUCGAUCCCUUUUCGGUUUUUCUGUUUGCUUCGUUUUGCGGUAGCCGCCGUUGAAUUUCAAUUUUGUGAACAUUGUAGUUAUUUUUGCAUUAUUUGCUAUAUUCUCUGUGUUUUCUAUUCCUGAGCGAGUGUUCAAUUGAUGUAAUCCUAUAUAUUAUAUGCAUUCGUGGUUGUGUUUAUAGUUUCCUAUAUUGUGUUUGGAACCCAUUGUGGGUAUGAAUAAACGUUUUUCACAUCCGAUCAGAUACGAAGUGUAAAACGAUGGAUGACUUAAUGAAUAAAUUUGAGGAAUUGAUACUUCAAACGCUCGCAGCUGAAACUCGUCUACAGGAGGAAUUUCAGAAAUGCACUCAGAAACUGGACGAGCAUGUUCUGCAGUCCAUUUCUGCUGGGACACCUAUUCAGAACAAGAAACGUCCCAAGCGGUUGGAUUCAAUAGAAGAUAGUGGUCGUGAUCAAGAACACGAAACAUCCCACGCAUCUAAUAGUAGUACGGUCAUGUCACAGACAAGUCAUAGAAAAAAGAGUAUCCAUGAUAGUCACGAACAGCAAGACACUCAGUCGAAAGUCCCACCAGAGCUUGAAGAGAGCCGCAAUCGUCCUGCUCGUUCGGCUCGGGUAAAAGCUUCGCAAAAUUUGAAGGAACCUAAAUUGACAACGAAAAUGCGACAGCCGAGUAUUACAAUCAAGCAAGAACGAAUCUCGCUAGAAGCGAGAAAGGAUACCGUCGAACCAAUGGAAAUAGACACGGAAAAUGAUGCCAAUGCAAUGAAUGGGGUAACUCCAUUUGACCAAAAUAAGUGUGAAACCGAAAAGCGGAAAUCGAAUGAUGAAGGUUUCGGAAGUACUAAUGAAAAGGAAAAAGAAGCAGAAGAAGCUCCAUCUAGGGAAAUGUCUAUUAUGGUGAUUCCGCAACCUAUUAUGAAAGUUGAAGUUUUGUCGGAUGAUGAAGCCACUGAGAAGAUGCCGCCUCCUUCAAUGCCUCCCCCGUCAUUGGCUCAAGUAAAAACCAAAAGUCGACCAAAGCGAAUGGAUAAAUCUAAAACUAAAAAUUCUCACGUAUUUCCGCUUCCUAUUAAACGUGAAAAAGAUGCUGAUGAGACGUCAUCAGCCGUUUCUUCAUCAGAAUCUAUAGUAUCGAACACUUCUAUUACAAAAACUUCUGAGCGCAUUCGCAAGAAAAAACAAUCGGCUCAGUUGGAAAUGGAAAAGAUACACAUCAAAACGGAGAAAAUAUCACUAGAGGAAAAAAACAAAAUAAAUCAAUCAAGUAUAAUGGAAAAGGCUUCGGCUAACACAAGUCCUGUGCAAUCUGAAAAAUCCGUUUACGAAGAUGCACUUGAAGGUGAUGCAAUCAUGCGAUCGGUUGCAGUUUCCCUAGAUAAGGUGGUUAUCGGACCAGGAAUCGAAAAAAACAAAACAUUCGCCAUGGAUUGUAAAAAUGGAACAUUUUCAAUAUCGGCAACGAAUGGAACAUUUGUUGUGCCAUCUCCGACAAAUGCUGUGAAUGGAACAUUCCAAGUGAAGUCACCGGAAAAUGCUGCCAACGCAACAUUUGAUGUUCGUCAGCUACCCGGGCCAGGCAAUAGUACUUUUGUGAUGGAAACCAAAAAUGCUAACGAAAAGCAGCAGGUUCUGAUCAACGCCAGCAUAAUGACAGAAGAUAAUUCUCAGAUAGAAGAAAGCCCAGAAAAACCCAAAUCUAAGAAACCUUCUGUUCCUAAGAAACCCACUAUUUUGUCUAAAACCAAUUCCAAGAAACAGCACGAACUGUUUAGUUUGCAAAGUCCUAUCAAAACGCGAAUCGAAGCAUUCGAAAAGGCUGCCAUCGGUUCACCGAUGCAUACUCGUGCCGGUAAAGCAACGACUCCCAAUCAGCCGGCACGUUUUCCACCCAAAACAUCCACCACUCCUCUUGCAUCGCAACGGUUCCCUUCGUCGGCUAAGGUCACAACUCCAACUGCUCAGAGCAUUCUUCCGCACGGCAAAGGCAUGUCUUCAUCUGCGUCUAAAUUAGCUCAUCUGCAAAAAAAGCCGGCAACUGCAUCCGCAACCCUGGCAGCCAAAUCACACAGCCUUUCGAGAGAACCAAGUGUCGAACGGUUGGGUGGCACUCUAUCAUCGGCUUCAUCCAGCUCAUCGCUGGCUAUGGACGAGAAAAAGAAGAAGCGUGAAGAAAAGCAACGUCUCGCACAGCAACAGCGAGAACAAAUCGAAAAGGAAAAACGCGAACACGCAGAGAAAUUGAUGCGCGAAAAGGAGGAAAAAUAUCGCAAAUUGGUACAGGAGAAGCAAGAAUAUCUGCGGGCUGAACAGGUAAAAAAGGCCAAGAAGAUGGAGGAAUUUGAGAAGCGACGCCAUUUGGAGGAAUUGAAUCAACGACAGCUGGCAGAACUGAAGCGCGAAGAACUAGCGAAACUGGAGCAGCAGCAGCGAGCCGAACGGGAGCAGGAAAUAUUCAAGAUAAACCAAGCGAAAGAAAAUUAUGAGAUUAAGUUACACAAGCAGAUGUACCAACAGAAGUUGCAACAACAGCAGAAACUUCAACAAGCCAGUCUUCAGCAGCAGCAGCUACUUCAAAUGCAAAAACAGAAACCUUCUGCAGUGGCAGCGGAGAAAUCCAAGAUUCUCUUCAAUUUUGAUAUGAUUCAAACGGAUGAUUCGACGGACGAUGAAAGUGCCACCUCUAGUAAAAAGACUAAGCGUCCUCCAUUGCCAGCAUGGUCUUCUAAAGAAGCCCGGAUGCCGUCAAUAAGAAUACAGCCGGAAAUCAAUUUGAAGGUUAUCGAUCAAUUUUUCUCGGUGGCCCCAAUGACACCGGACUUGCGUGAGAUCUUUCCCUCAAUUGAUGCCCGGAAGCUGAAGCGAAAUUCAAGCGCAGUCUGGCGAACACCCCCUCGAUAUUCGCAAAUGCCGAAGUACUGAAUCUGUGUGUGUGUCUCUCUUUAUAGUUAUCUAACAAAAUUAAAAUUAAUAGUAGCUACUAACAGAAAUAUUUGAAUUAUGGUUAAGCUUCAAGGGCUUGUAGAAUAUAAUUGUUUCCAGUG